AUGCUUAGAUCUAUCAACAGAAGCAAUUCUUUAAAUAACAAAUUACUAAAGAGACUGAGUUUUCCAACAAGAACUGUUACUAGCAGAAAUACCUCCACAUUAAUAUACGUGGAAGGUAAUAAACUGGGAGAGUCAAAUUUAAACAACUUAUUGAAAGCAGGUAAUAAAUUAAACAAUUUAUUGAGGAAGAAUAAUGACCAGAGUUCUGCUAAAGAUUCAAUCAGUUUGCUUAUUGUGGGCCCUGAUAGUUUAAACAUUUCUCAGAGAGUUAAGGAAAACAAAUUAUAUAAUACUUUUGUGAAAGAUGUAAUUGUCAAUCAAACCGAAUAUCCAGAGACUUUAUCAGAAGAAAUAUCGCCAGUUAUUAAGGAAUUACUAAAGAAUGAUAAUAAAAUUGAUAAUUUUGUUAUUAAUAACACUACAGUUGGUAAUGAUAUAUUAUCAAGAGUUGGUGGAUUAAUUGAAAUAGAACCAAUGAGCAACAUUCUUUCUAUUGGUGAGACUGACAAUGUAACAAAUUUUAAAAGAUAUACAUAUUCUAGUAAAAUAUUGAAAACUAUUAAAAAUAAUCAAAAUAAAUUAUUGUUAAGUAUUCGAUCCUCUGCGUUCAGUGACGAACCACUGGAUAUUAAUCAAACUAAGUCUAUUGAAAAUGCUGAGCAAGAUAUUAUCGUCAAAGAUAUUUCUAAAGACGAUAUCGUUGCUAAAUCUAAAGACGACAGAAUCAACAUUUUAUUUGAUAAAUCAAAAGUAUUGGAGGGAGAAAAUAGCAUUGAUGUAACCAAUGCUAAAAUAGUUGUUAGUGGAGGUAGAGGGUUACAAAAACAAGAGAAUUUCGAUUCCUUAUUAGAACCGUUAUGCAAAGAAUUGAAAGCAGGUUUGGGAUCAACAAGAGCUGCUGUGGACAAUGGGUAUUGUGAUAAUUCAUUACAAAUUGGACAAACUGGUAAAACUGUGGCUCCUGAAUUGUAUAUUGCCAUCGGUAUAUCAGGCGCCAUCCAACAUUUAGCUGGGAUGAAAGAUUCCAAAACUGUUGUCAGUAUCAAUAAUGAUCCAGAAGCCCCAAUCAAUAAGAAUGCAGAUUAUAUAUUAGAACAAGAUUUAUUCACUGCUGUUCCUGAAUUGACUUCCAAACUUGCAGAAAAGAGCCUAUAA